AUGGUUCCCAAAGCCGACAUUCUCAUGAUCGAUUCGACUGUCCAGGUGAUCGACGUGGAACGGCGAGCAGCAUUGGCAGAGAAAUUCAAUCUCAUCUACUAUGACUGCGAAAACACCACCGAGUUCAUUCAGCGAUUGCAGCCAGGAGGGCCUUACUCCAAAAUUGUGGCUAUUCUGCGCAAUGGAUGGCUCAAAGCCGGCCCGCUAGCCCAACAGACGCCAUUUGCAUCCGAAAUAGUACCCCAUUACCCUCCAUCAUUGAAACUCAUUUGCUGCAGUGGUCACGGACACGAUGCUGCUGAUGUAGAUGCUAUAAAAGCGCGGGGCAUCUGGUACUGCAACACACCAGAUACAUGUACAGAAGCUGUGGCGAACACCUCUCUCUCUCUAGUGCUUGAGUGUUUCCGUUUCUUCACCUACGCUCAAUGGUGUGCACGAAAUGACUGGCUUUCAAGCCGGGAUCUGGGUCUCAAGGCUGUCGACCCAUGCGGUAAGGCGUUAGGGAUUGUUGGCAUGGGUGAUAUUGGGCUUGCCAUAGCGCAGAAAUGCGAAUCCGCGUUGGGCAUGAAGAUUCACUACCACGGACGAAGGCGCAAACUGGAUGCCGAACGUUUGUUGAAGUAUGGAGCUUCGUACCACGAGAACCUGGAUGAGAUGAUAUCUAUGGUCGAUUGUGUCGUGAUUGCGGCUCCAUACAGCAAAGACACACACCACUUACUGUCGCGUGAGCGACUUUCACUUGCCAAGAAGGAAGGGCUUCGUGUUGUCAAUAUAGCCAGGGGAAAGAUGAUAGACGAAGAUGCACUGAUCGAAGCGCUAGAGGAUGGGCGAGUCGUGGGAGCUGGCCUCGAUGUCCAUGCCAACGAGCCGGGGAUCAACCCAAAACUAAGGGACAAUUGGCGUGUGACGCUUCUGCCUCACAUUGGAGUUUGUUCACCAUCUUUCCUGGUCAUUGGCGCCGGGGUCAUCGGACUGACAACUGCUCUGGAACUCCGGGCGCGACAUCCGGAGGCUCGUAUCAAUAUUGCAGCAAAAUAUCUGCCUGGCGACUCAGCUCCGGAGUAUACCUCUGCUUGGGGAGGAGCAAAUUGGUUUCCGGCUUCUAACGAUAACGGUCGUCAGGAAGACUGGGACGCCAUCACAUAUAAAAAAUUCCGUCAGCUUUCAUCCACAUGCCCUGCUUCCGGCAUCUUACCGAUGAACAUAAGGUUCCAUUAUGAUAGACCAAUUGACGAGGUCGGUAUCAAAACACCAGCCACGGGAAAGCUAUGGUUCGAAGACCUGGUGGGCGGGCUGACCAAAAUACAAGGCGAUGCCUUGCCCGAGGGAACGGCUUUUGGCUUUGAAAUGGCAAGCUUUGUGAUUGAUGUACAGAAGUAUCUCCCCUGGUUACAAGCCGAAGCAGAGAGGCAAGGGAUUAAGAUUUACCGCAAAAUCUUUCACACCAUCCAAGAAGCAUUGUCUUUUGACUCGCAAGCAGUAGUGUUCAACUGCACGGGAAUCGGCUCGAUGACUUUGGGAGGUGUCCAAGACAACACUAUGUUCUCUGCCAGAGGGCAAAUUCUCCUGGUAGAAGCGCCAAAAGAACCAAUCCAGAAAAUGUAUUUCCGAGCUCCGCACCGUGACGCUGAUGCAACACACAUCUUUCCACGUGGUACUACAGGAGGAGUCAUUCUUGGUGGAUGCCGUCAAAAGGACAACUGGAAUGGUGAAGCCGAACUUGCCUUUGCAGAGGUCAUCAAGGCUCGAUGUUGUGCUUUAGUUCCUCAGCUUGGACGUCCAGAGGAUCUGAGGGUGGUGAAGCAUGGAGUAGGACUCCGGCCUGGUCGGAAGGGCGGAGCUCGUAUCGAGGCCGAGAGGUUUGACAACAGACUCGUCAUUCACAAUUAUGGUGCUGGAGGAACUGGAUUUCAAGCCUCGUGGGGGAUGGCGCAGUACGCCGUAGAUCUUGUCCCGCCGCGAGCUCAUCUGUGA